AUGGAGCUCGCAUGUCCGGUAGACGGGCUCAAAGGCAAGAGAUCGGGACCGGUUCACAGAGGCAUGGACUUGCUCCCAGAAAAGAUCCGCCCGUCACCAUGGACCAGGAAUCUGAUGUCGCUGCUGGCGAUGGUUCUUAACAUGGCUGACUUUGGCACCGACGUCAUGGUGCUGCUGGGUUUGUCAUGCGCGUUGCCCGCGCCACACGCCGCGUGCGUCAACGCCACACACACCGACGCCAUUGCAAGCGCCGCGUCAUGUGAGCCCCACACAGCCUGGUUCGCCAUUUCGGCAACCAUCCUGGUGGUGUCCACAGUGCUAUCAAGUUGUAUGUGGGCGCGUGGCAAGGCUACGCUGGCCCGCAACGCGGCUCGGCGGUUGGAGGACGAAGGCCCUGAGUCUGAGCUUCGGCCUCGGGAAGGUUGCUGCGGGUUCUGCUGCUGGUAUUUUGUCCUGGGCCUGCUGCAGCUGGGAGACGCGGCAGAGCUUGUGCAAUUUUUACGCGGCGAGUUAAAAGACGGUUUGCGGCAAUGGCGGAUCUUGUUUGGCAAAGUGCUCGAGUCGGUUCCCCAAGCCUAUUUGCAAGGCUACGUCUUACUCCACACCAAGCGGCGCAUGGAGCCCUUUCAGCUGGCGUCCAUUUCCGUUUCGGGGCUGAGCCUGGCCUUUGGUCUAGUAACAAGCAUGGCCGAAAUGUUUUCUAGCUCGCGAUUGAAGACGGCGCAGGGCAAAGUUCUGGGCUUCGUCUUUUUUGCCCUGGACGUUUGGGCAAGGUGCACCGCGGUGGCCCUGGGCCUCGUGCCAAGCGUGCGCCUGGCUGCCUGCGGUGUGAUCGCGGGCUACUGGGUGCUGUCCCUCGCGGCAUACCUGAAAAUGCGGGGAUGGCCCGGCUGCGGAACAUUUUUUUGGGAGUUUGUGUUCGGUCAGCUGUUCUUUGUUUACAUCGUGCCCGCAGCCGCCAUCACACAAGGCCCCAGUGAGCUGCCAGGACCCCUGAAGCGCACCUGGCAGGUGCUGCGCUUUUUGGAGAGCGCGGGCCUGUGCGGUGCCGCCCUGGGUCUGGGCCUGGGGACCUGUCAGCAGCCGCUGGUGCCCGAGGCGUUGGCCUCGUUGGCGCUGGUGGCUGCCAGCGUGGUCCCAUGGCUCGGCUUGCAGCUCUUGGACGACGAAGGCCAGUUCCGAGGACUGCCGAGCCUGCCUGGCACGCCGAUGGGCAGAAGCGCGCCGCUUGACACGGAGUGA